GGGACGCGGUGCCCGGAGCGGCCGCGGGAGCUCCGCCCAGGCCCGCCCCGCCCGCCAUGGCGCUGCGCUUCUCUGCCAACCUCUCCUGGCUCUUCCCCGAGCUCCCGGCGCUGCCGGCGCGGCUGGAAGCGGCGGCGGCGGCCGGGUUCGGAGCGGUGGAGUCGGCCUGGCCGGCGGACUGCCCGGCUCAGGAGCUGCGGGCCGCGGCGGAACGGGCGCGGGUGCGGAUCGCGCUCCUCAACACCCCCCCCGGGGACCAGGAGGCGGGCGAGAUGGGGCUGGCGGCCGUGCCCGGGCGGCAGGCAGCCUUCCGGCGGGGCCUGGAGGCGGCCGUGCACUACGCCAGGGCUGUGGGCUGCCCCAGGAUUCAUGUGAUGGCUGGGCGGGUUCCCCUGGGCACAGAGCUGGCUGCAGUAGCAGGUGAGAUGGAAACCACCUUCAUUGAGAAUCUCAGAUACACUGCUGACCUCCUAUCCCAGGAAGACAUGAUUGGACUGUUGGAGCCUAUUAACAGCCGCAUCACUGAUCCUCGUUACUAUCUGAACAGCCCACACCACGCUGCUGCCAUCCUGGAAAAAGUGGGACGGCCCAACCUGAAGCUGCAGCUGGACCUUUUUCACUGCCAGAUCAUGGAUGGCAAUUUAUCACACAACCUGAAGACGUACUUCCCACUCAUCGGUCAUAUCCAGAUUGCACAGGUUCCAGGGCGGCACGAGCCCGAUAGCCCCGGGGAGUUGAACUUCCCCUACAUCUUUGAGCUCCUGGAGUCCCUUGGCUACUCUGGCUAUGUGGGGUGCGAGUAUUCUCCAAAGGGAGACACCCUGGAAGGUCUGGGCUGGCUGCGAUCCUACUGGGAAAGCCGAGGGCUGCAACAUGGUGGGAACAGCAAGGCAGCCGAGUAAAACUAGAAAAUCGUGAGAAUAAAAGACAAAGCAAUGGCUGAACAGAAGAGCACGUGUCUUCUCUAGG